AUGAAGACUUCAGCAUUUGUCUCUGCACUCUUUUGUGCCACCCUCGCAUUGGCGAACCCGCCCCCAACUCGAGUUGAAGUCAAGCGGGACCAGUGCAUUGCCGCUAUCGUCACAGCGGAGAGCGCAGGCUGUCAAGCGCCAUACGUGCUGACCGAAAAGUCAUACUACUCCACUGGCUGCCGGGAUACCUCUAGCUGCGAGCCUGAAAGCAAACAGCUCGAGUGCUGCGUCUAA